AUGAUUUCGUCUGGUCUUCCAGGUUAUAAUGGGGUUCCAGGAGCCAAAGGAGCCAGUGGAAGUGAUGGAAAGCCGGGAAAGAUAGGUCCGUCUGGGCCAAAAGGGGACAAAGGAAUCCAAGGUGGUAUGGGAAGGACUGGUGUUAAGGGUGAAAAGGGGGAAGCUGGUGUACAAGGCCCUGUAGGAGUUAAUAAUGAAUCCAACUGGAAGCAAUGCUCUUGGAAGAAGAGUGAUGAUCGAGAUAAUGGAAUUAUAAAGAUAUGCAGUUUUAAGAAAAAACGUGACAAUACUUAUCUUCGCGUGUUCUACGCCGGUAGCCUCCGUAUUUCCAACUGUGACACCUGUUGUAAGCGAUGGUAUUUUAAAUUCAAUGGAAAAGAAUGUAAUCCUACAAUUGAAGGAAUCCUCUACAUUAGGAAAGGCAGAGGAACACAUGAUAUUCAUCGUCAUCGUCAUAUCGAGGGAUAUUGUGGCAACAUCGAUAAGGGUACUGUUAAUGUUGGAUUCCAUGUCGGUAAUUGUCAAGGAUAUUCCAAUGCAGAUGCCUACAGUGGAUGGCAAACAGUCUCUCGAAUUGUGAUCCAAGAAGUUCUAGCACCUCAGGCUUAAUUCAAACCAAGCUGAAUCUGAAUUGUUGUUGAAUAUGCUAUACUUAUCAUAAUUGUUGCUAUGAUUUUUAUAAACAUACAGCUCUUUUCA